AUGGGUAGUGCUGCAUUUCUCCUGCCUCGACCCAUUCCCCAGGCUGCAAAGGAUCAGCUGCAGAAAGUUAGAGGCACUAGAUGGAAGAAUUCCAAACUCCUUUUGCAAGUCGAAGUCGAGGAUACUUUUUAUUCAGGAGAAAAGCGGUUACAGGAAUGGAAAUAUCUUACAAAAAAACAAAAAUUUGGGGAAUUAAGAGAAAUUUCUGGAAAUCAGUAUGUGAAUGAAGUCACAAAUGCAGAAAAAGAUGUGUGGGUUAUAAUUCAUCUAUACAGAUCAAGCAUUCCAAUGUGUUUGUUGGUUAACCAGCAUCUUAGUCUUCUAGCAAGAAAGUUUCCAGAAACUAAAUUUGUUAAAGCCAUCGUGAAUAGCUGUAUUCAACACUACCAUGACAAUUGUUUGCCAACGAUUUUUGUUUAUAAAAAUGGUCAGAUAGAAGGCAAGUUCAUUGGAAUUAUAGAAUGUGGAGGGAUAAAUCUCAAGCUAGAAGAACUUGAAUGGAAGCUAGCAGAAGUUGGAGCAAUACAGACUGAUUUGGAAGAAAACCCCAAAAAAGACAUUGUAGAUAUGAUGGUAUCUUCAAUUAGAAACACUUCUAUUUAUGAUGACAGUAAUAGUUCCGACAGUGAUAAUGAUACCAAAUAGAGAGAAAUAUUUAAUAAAUAGCUUUUAAAGUAUAUAUAUAUAUACUGAA